AUGGCGACGGCGGCCGACCGCGCCGAGCAGCUCAAGCUGCAGGGCAACCAGUGCUUCGGCAAGGGCAAGUUCCACGCGGCCAUCGACAUGUACACGGAGGCCAUCGUGCUGGCCCCGGGCCGCUCCCUGUACUACUCGAACCGCGCGCUGUGCCACUCGAAGCUCGAGCGCUGGGAGAGCUGCCGCGACGACUGCCAGCUCGCGCUCAAGUUCGACGCGCUCAACGCCAAGGCCAGCUACAUGCUGGGCACGAGCCUCAUGCACCUGCUGGCCUUCGACGCGGCCGUGGAGGCGCUGCAGACGGCGCUCAGCUCGGCCGAGAAGACCCACAAGUCCAAGGCCUUCCAGCUCGACAUCGCCACGGAGCUGCGCCGCGUCAAGAAGCGCCAGUGGCACCACGUGCAGAAGCAGCGCGUGGCGCGCCACGAGAAGGUCAAGGGCCAGCUGCAGGCGCUCUUCGGGGCCAGGCACACGGCCGAGCUCUUGGACGCGCGCCAGUCUGGAGCUGGAGCCACACGCACGGGCGCGGACGAGGCCGAUGCGCUCAUGGCCUACGUGGAGCACAUGGCCGCGUGCUACGAGAGGGACAUGUACCCGGGCGAGGUGCCCGACUACUUCAUGUGUCCAAUCAGCAUGGAGAUCAUGCACGACCCCGUGACGACUCCCAAUGGCGUCUCAUAUGAGCGGCGGUGUUUGGAGGAGCAUUUGCGCCAUAACGGGGCGAUCGACCCGCUGACGCGCAAGAAGCUGACUCUAGACAUGCUGCGGCCCAAUACGUCUCUGCGCGCUGCGAUCCAGGAUUACCUCGACAAGAAUUUGUGGGCGUACGAGUAUUAG